CUGCUUAUCUAAAUGUUUUCUCUCACAUCUCUUCCCAGCUUACCAAAGACUAUCAAGAUGAGUUUAAGGAAGCAAACCCCUAGUGACUUCCUAAAACAAAUCAUUGGAAGGCCAGUUGUCGUAAAAUUAAAUUCUGGAGUUGAUUAUCGAGGUGUCCUGGCUUGCCUGGAUGGGUAUAUGAAUAUAGCUCUGGAACAAACCGAAGAGUAUGUAAACGGACAAUUAAAGAACAAGUACGGGGACGCGUUUAUCCGAGGAAAUAACGUAUUGUACAUAAGCACACAGAAGAGGAGGAUGUGAAGAUGUCAGAAGGAGUCUGUUUUGUACUUGUGAACCUCUUCAAAGUGAUGAACUCCAUUUGAUAUGAAGUUAAUAAUCCACAGGUGAAAUAUACAAGUGUUUAAAUAUUUUUUUUUAAAUAGAUGUAACCCAGUGUGAAUUUCCUGAAUGUUUUUGUUUCAAAGAAUUGCUUUGUUUCACUGUACAGAAAAAAAAAUAAAGUGAAGCAUGUAAUAGUGCUGCAAGAAUAA